AUCCAAGAUGGCGUAGAAAGUAAUGACAGGAAUUGGAUGAAGUGAUUGAUCACUAAUGAACUACAGUGCUGGUGAGAUGUGUAAGAAAUUAUAAAGAGCUCUGAUGGGCUAUUUGGGUGAUACCCAGUGCAGUGAACUGCAGGAUUUUUGUCCCUGAGUCAUGGAAGACAGAAGAGCUGAAAAGUCAUGUGAACAAGCAUGUGAGUCACUGAAGAGGCAGGACUAUGACAUGGCCCUCAAGCACUGCACAGAGGCCCUCCUUUCUCUUGGCCAGUACUCCAUGGCAGACUUCUCAGGGCCAUGUCCACUGGAGAUAGAACGCAUCAAAAUCGAGAGUCUUCUUUACAGAAUUGCCUCAUUUUUGCAACUGAAAAACUAUGGACAAGCUGAUGAAGAUUGUAGGCACGUGCUGGGAGAAGGACUGGCUAAGGGAGAGGGUGCCUUUCGGACAGUGCUUUGCUGCAUGCAGCUGAAAGGAAAGCUCCAGCCUGUAUCCACCAUUCUUGCCAAGUCACUGACGGGAGAGUCCCUGAAUGGGAUGGUAACAAAAGAUUUGACAAGAUUAAAAACUCUUCUCAUGGAAACAGAGACAGCAACUAGUAACGUCCUCUCUGGAUAUCAUGUGGAAGACUUUGAUGAAGGGUCUUGUAAUGGUUGGCAUUUCCGCCCACCACCUAGGGGAAUCACAAGCAGCGAGGAAUAUACUUUGUGUAAAAGAUUUUUAGAGCAAGGAAUCUGUAGGUAUGGUGCCCAGUGUACUUCAGCACAUUCCCAGGAAGAACUAGCAGAAUGGCAGAAAAGAUACGCUUCACGGUUGAUAAAAUUGAAACAACAAAAUGAGAAUAAACAGCUCUCAGGCAGUUACAUGGAAACCUUGAUAGAAAAGUGGAUGAAUUCAUUAUCUCCUGAGAAAGUGCUUAGUGAAUGUAUAGAAGGAGUAAAGGUGGAGCAUAGUCCUGACCUGUCGGUUACUGUCAACACCAAAAAGUCUCACCAGACAUGGACCUUUGCUCUCACUUGUAAGCCUGCAAGAAUGCUGUAUCGUGUAGCAUUGCUUUAUGAUGCUCAUCGUCCUCAUUUUAGUAUCAUUGCAAUAUCUGCCGGAGAUAGUACUACCCAGGUAUCACAAGAAGUCCCAGAAAACUGUCAAGAAUGGAUAGGAGGAAAGAUGGCCCAAAAUGGAUUAGAUCAUUACGUGUAUAAAGUCGGGAUAGCAUUUAACACAGAAAUAUUUGGAACUUUUCGCCAAACCAUAGUUUUCGACUUUGGAUUGGAACCAGUACUCAUGCAAAGAGUAAUGAUUGAUGCAGCUUCUACAGAAGAUCUUGAAUAUCUGAUGCAUGCAAAACAACAGCUAGUAACCACUGCUAAGCGUUGGGAUUCUUCUUCUAAGACUAUUAUAGAUUUUGAACCUAAUGAAACUACUGAUUUGGAGAAGAGCCUUCUUAUCAGAUACCAAAUUCCUCUGUCUGCUGACCAGCUGUUUACCCAGUCGGUUUUAGACAAAUCAUUGACCAAGACCAACUAUCAGUCGCGGUUGCAUGACCUUCUUUAUAUUGAGGAGAUAGCCCAGUAUAAAGAAGUCAGCAAGUUCAACCUUAAAGUGCAAUUGCAGAUUCUAGCAAGCUUCAUGCUCACUGGAGUUUCUGGAGGUGCAAAGUAUGCUCAGAACGGACAACUUUUUGGGCGUUUUAAGCUUACUGAAACACUUUCUGAAGAUACUUUGGCUGGACGACUGGUGAUGACCAAAGUCAAUGCUGUUUAUUUAUUACCAGUCCCUAAAGAGAAGUUAGCACAGACCCAGGGAACCAAAGAGAAGGUUURUGAAGCUACUAUUGAAGAAAAAACAAAAGAAUAUAUAUUUUUAAGGAUAUCCAGGGAAUGCUGUGAAGAACUUAACCUUCGGCCUGACUGUGACACACAGGUUGAACUCCAGUUCCAGUUGAAUCGAUUACCCCUCUGUGAAAUGCACUAUGCACUAGACAGGAUCAAGGACAAUGGCGUCUUGUUUCCAGACAUCAGCAUGACUCCCACCAUACCGUGGAGUCCCAACAGACAAUGGGAUGAACAGUUGGAUCCUCGACUAAAUGCAAAACAGAAAGAAGCUGUUCUGGCUAUUACCACUCCACUUUCCAUCCAGCUCCCACCUGUCCUCAUCAUUGGGCCCUAUGGGACAGGCAAAACAUUCACUCUAGCUCAGGCCGUCAAGCACAUUCUGCAGCAGCACGAGACUAGCAGGAUUCUCAUUUGCACCCAUUCUAAUAGUGCUGCUGAUCUCUACAUAAAGGAUUAUUUACAUCCAUAUGUAGAAGCAGGCAAUCCCCAGGCAAGACCUCUCAGGGUUUAUUUCCGAAAUCGCUGGGUAAAGACUGUCCACCCAGUUGUGCAUCAGUACUGUUUGAUCUCAAGCGCACAUUCCACCUUUCAGAUGCCACAGAAAGAAGAUAUUCUUAAACAUCGAGUGGUGGUGGUUACAUUGAAUACUUCCCAGUACCUCUGUCAGUUGGACCUUGAACCUGGGUUUUUUACGCACAUUCUGCUAGAUGAAGCUGCCCAGGCCAUGGAGUGUGAAACCAUUAUGCCUCUAGCAUUAGCAACUAAAAGUACCCGGAUUGUUUUGGCUGGUGAUCACAUGCAGCUCAGUCCUUUUGUUUACAGCGAAUUUGCCAGGGAAAGAAACCUUCAUGUUUCAUUACUUGAUCGACUCUAUGAGCAUUACCCUGCAGAGUUUCCAUGUAGGAUCCUCCUGUGUGAGAACUACCGGUCCCAUGAAGCUAUCAUCAAUUAUACCUCUGAGCUUUUCUAUGAGGGUAAACUGAUGGCCAGUGGAAAGCAACCAGCACACAAGGAUUUCUACCCACUAACAUUUUUUACAGCCCGAGGGGAAGAUGUGCAAGAAAAAAAUAGCACAGCAUACUAUAACAAUGCAGAGGUAUUUGAAGUGGUGGAACGUGUAGAAGAGUUAAGAAGGAAGUGGCCAGUAGCGUGGGGAAAGUUGGAUGAUGGCAGUAUUGGUGUGGUGACUCCAUAUGCUGAUCAAGUGUUCAGGAUACGUGCUGAACUUCGAAAAAAGAGAUUAUCUGAUGUGAAUGUGGAAAGGGUGCUAAAUGUUCAAGGAAAGCAAUUCAGAGUUUUGUUUCUUAGCACAGUACGGACAAGACAUACUUGUAAGCAUAAACAGACACCAAUUAAAAAGAAAGAGCAACUUCUGGAAGAUUCCACAGAGGACUUAGAUUAUGGUUUUUUAUCUAACUACAAGCUUCUCAACACUGCCAUCACAAGAGCGCAGUCCCUGGUUGCUGUGGUGGGUGAUCCCAUUGCUCUGUGUUCUAUUGGAAGAUGCAGGAAGUUUUGGGAGCGGUUUAUUGCCCUGUGUCAUGAAAAUAACAGUCUACAUGGGAUCACAUUUGAACAGAUCAAGGCUCAGUUAGAAGCUUUAGAACUAAAGAAGACAUAUGUGUUGAAUCCGUUGGCUCCUGAAUUUAUUCCCCGGGCACUAAGACUGCAGAAUUCAGGAAAUAGCAACAAGCAGCAGCAGUCACCACCCAAGGGAAAAAGCCUCCAUCAUACUCAGAAUGAUCAUUUCCAAAAUGAUGGAAUUGUUCCUCCCAAUCCUUCUGUACUGAUUGGCAAUCCUAUUAGAGCAUAUACUCCUCCACCUCCUCUUGGACCUCACCCAAAUUUGGGGAAAUCUCCAAGCCCUGUUCAAAGAAUAGAUCCUCACACUGGGACAAGUAUUCUUUAUGUACCUGCUGUCUAUGGAGGGAACGUAGUUAUGUCGGUGCCUUUGCCUGUACCAUGGACAGGAUACCAGGGUAGGUUUGCAGUUGAUCCUCGAAUUAUUACACAUCAAGCAGCAAUGGCCUACAAUAUGAACCUAUUACAUACACAUGGACGGGGAUCUCCUAUACCUUAUGGCCUUGGACAUCAUCCACCUGUCAGCAUAGGGCAGCCACAGAAUCAGCAUCUGGAGAAGGAUCAACAUGAACAAAAUCGAAAUGGUAAAAAUGAUACAAAUAAUGCUGGACCUGAAAUUAAUAAGAUUCGAACACCAGAGAAAAAGCCUGCUGAACCAAAACAGGUUGAUUUGGAAUCAAAUCCACAGAACAGAAGUCCUGAAUCACGUCCUGGUGUUGUUUAUCCCAAUACCAAAUUUCCUCGAAAAGAUAAUCUCAACCCAAGACACAUAAAUCUUCCUCUUCCUGCUCCACAUGCACAGUAUGCAAUCCCUAAUCGACAUUUUCAUCCCCUUCCCCAGCUAUCAAGACCACCAUUUCCAAUUCCGCAGCAGCACACCUUGUUAAAUCAACAGCAGAAUAAUUUGCCUGAACAACCAAAUCAAAUUCCACCCCAACCAAAUCAGGUGGUCCAGCAACAAAGUCAGUUGACUCCGCAGGCCCAGCAGCCACCUCCUCAGCUUUCUCCUGCAUAUCAGCCAGCACCCAACAGUGCUUUUUUUAAUAACGCAGUUUCUCAUCGACCACAGUCUCCUCCUGCAGAGGCUGUGAUUUCUGAGCAGCAGCCCCCUCCCAUGCUGCAGGAAGGCCACAGUCCUCUGAGAGCCAUUGCACAGCCCGGCCCUGUCCUUCCUUCACAUCUAAAUAACUUCAUUGAUGAGAACCCCCCGGGAUUACAUAUAGGAGAGGCUUUAGAUCGCAUACAUGGGAGUGUAGCUCUGGAAACAUUAAGGCAGCAGCAGGCACGGCUACAACAGUGGAAUGAUCACCACGCUUACCUGAGUCAGGGUGGCAUUGCAUACCCGCACCACCACCAUCCUCACCUCCAGCACCUUCCACAGCCACCCAUCGGACUCCAUCAGCCGCCAGUGAGGGCAGACUGGAAGCUCACCAGCAGUGCCGAAGAUGAAGCAGAAACUACAUUCUCCAGGUUUCAAGACUUAAUCAGAGAGUUGUCUCAUCGUGAUCAAAGUGAAACUCGAGAACUAGCUGAAAUGCCACCACCUCAAUCAAGACUUUUGCAAUAUAGACAAGUUCAGGCUAGAAGUCCACCAGCAGUCCCGUCUCCCCCAUCCAGUACAGACCACAGUAGCCACUUUUCUAACUUUAAUGACAACAGCAGAGACAUUGAAGUAGCCAACAACCCAGCAUUUCCACAGCGCCUUCCUCCCCAGAUGUUCAGCUCACCCUUUUCAUUGCCAUCUGAACACCUUGCCCCUCCUCCUUUGAAAUACCUGGCACCUGAUGGAGCAUGGACUUUUGCUAACUUGCAACAGAAUCACUUAAUAGGGCCAGGCUUUCCCUACGGCCUACCUCCAUUGCCUCAUAGGCCACCGCAGAACCCUUUUGUACAAAUACAGAAUCAUCAACAUGCUGUCGGUCAAGAGCCAUUUCAUCCAUUGUCAUCUCGAACAGUAUCUUCUUCUUCGCUCCCGAGCUUAGAAGAGUAUGAGCCCAGAGGACCUGGUCGGCCCUUGUACCAAAGAAGAAUCUCAUCUAGCUCAGUCCAGCCUUGUUCUGAAGAAGUAAGUGCUCCCCCAGACAGCCUGGCGCCAUGUAAAGAGCUGCAGGACCACAGUGACCCACCUUCUUUCAGCUUCUCAGCCUCAGAGUCCUGGGCGAAYACCACCUCAUCGGCCCCCUACCAGAACAUUCCGUGCAAUGGAUCCAGCAGGACAACUCAGCCCAGAGAGUUGAUAGCUCCACCCAAGACUGUCAAACCCCCUGAGGAUCAACUGAAGUCUGAAAACCUCGAGGUGUCCAGUUCCUUCAACUAUAACAUGCUGCAGCAUCUCGGGCAGUUCCCACCCCUCAUGCCCAACAAGCAGAUCGCAGAGUCGGCCAACAGCAGCAGCCAGCAGAGUCCGGCAGGCAGCAAGCCAGCCAUGUCCUACGCCAGCGCACUGCGGGCACCCCCCAAGCCCAGGCCCCCACCUGAGCAGGCCAAGAAGAGCAGUGACCCCCUGUCUCUGUUCCAGGAACUCAGCUUGGGGAGCUCCUCCGGCAGCAAUGGCUUUUACUCCUAUUUUAAAUAAUCACUUUUUUUUCCUCAAGGGAGAAUGUUUUAAUUUCUGUUUGUAUGAAUAGAAUUAAGGUAGUUGGACUUCACCUAUAGAUGCACAGUUUCCUUUGUUUUAAUAUUAAAUAUGUUCUCACUUAAUUGCUUUGCUGCUAGACUUGCAACUAAUUUUUUUAAAGUAUAUUCCAUUAUUUUGCAUUUUUGAUGUGAGUCAGAAUUUUGACAGCUUUUAUGUAGAAUAAAAGAUAUUUUUGAAUUUGUSUAUUGUUACAUAUGUUUGCAUCAAGCUAGCAGCUAAGAGGUUAAUUGUGCAACUAUAAAAAAAAAGAAAAAAAAAGUUUGUCUAAAAUGUAUUUAAAAAGAAAAAAAAUUGUAAGUAGCAUUUACAUUUAUUCAAUAAUAUUACCAUAUGCUGGGUUUCUGUACCAGAAAUGGCCAGUUGAUGUACAAAUGUAUGUUAUUUUUGCUCAAAUUCAUUUAAAAUUUUUUUAAUAAAGGGGCAGCAUCUUCUAAAUACUUUUAAGUUUUAUCAGCUUUUUUUUUUUUUUUUUUUGUGACAGGAUGCUGCAUUCUGAAACUUUUAUAGUUUUAGACUCUGUGUGAUAUGCUGUUGUAAUCUCCAUCCACCGUAGGAGAGAAUUAAAGGCAUUCUUUGCAGGUGUAUUUUGUGUGCCACUGUUUUUUGAAAUGUGAAAAACAUUGGCAUACUUAGUUAUUUUUUUGGACAAGCUACACUUCAAGCUUGUUUUUAAUGUUAAUUUGAUAGUGUGUUUUUUUUUUUUUUUAAACAAAUCAUGAAGCUGAAAAAUUUUUAGGAUUGUUGGUGCUUAGUAGACUUGAUAACUAUUUUAAAAAUGCGUGAAUUUAGUAAAACCCUUUUUUUCUCACUAUGCAUGUGUAAAUGUUUGUAACCUGGCUUCCCCCAACUCCAGUGGUAUAAAGAAUUGUGCCGCUUAAAGAUUUGGGGUUUUUUUUCCCUCCAGUAAAAAUUUUGGUACCUUAUUUGAUGUUUACAUUAAAAUGUGACAUUAUACAUGGCAAUUCAAAUAUUUUGCUAGUUGUUUUGUUUGAGGAACAUCAUUAAAGAAAAAGUAUAAUGUUUGUCAAAAACUGAUCAAAAUUCAUCAGAAUUUGGGGCAGAAACUACUCUUGUUUUUAUGUAUUUCAAUUCUUCUAAAAAAUCCCUAUUGAACUUAUAAAAAAACUAUAAAAUUUGAAUAACUAUCUUAAAUAUUCUACAGUCUGACAAUUGUUUUGAAUGAACUUUGGUAAAAUCCAAAGGAAAAUGUUUACCCUCUUAAAAUUUGUGGUCCUAUUAUACAUUUGAAGCAAUGCAUGUCCUGAUCAUUUUCUUGAUGUAGUAGUGAUACUUUUGUAUUUCAGAGAUAUCUUGAAACUACAGUGUAACUUUUUUUUUUUUUAAAUAAGAUAAGGCCGGGAACAUUUCAUAUGAACUGAACCUCCCUGAGGAUCCAUUCAAAAAUAGUUUUUUGGAAGACUACUUUUGAUAGACCAUCCUGUAUUCACAAUACAUUUUUAAAACAGGGUUGAAAGUGACAAGGGUAAAGAAAAGCUACUUAUAUCUCUUAAGUGACUAGAGGUUAGUUCCUGUUGGCCAGCUACAGCUCCCUGUUGUCCUCAGAUAAUUUGGGAUGAAUGUGUGCCUUUGGUUAAAGGAUAGUAAGCUGCAGGACAAAUGAAGCGUGCCUCAUGUCAGUUCUACCUUUCUGCCCAGAGUACAGUUCAUCUGUAGUGGCUUCAUAGCGAGGGCUGUGGGUUUCUGUCUGGGUGGCAGAGGUAGACGUGGAAACUGCAGAUGUGUCAGUCACAGGUGGAAAGCAGCCAGUGAGUGAACAAUGGCCCUGGCUUUAUCUGUAUAAGGUCACAUGAGCACGUUUAGCUAUGUCAGUUUUGCUUAGCCUACUUCAGCCAGAGGAAGGAAGAAUUGUGCCAUAUUGCUAUGUAUUUGGAACUCUAUACAAAGCUCAAGACAUAGCCUGAUUGAAAAUUAGGUCACCCCAAUGUGAGAUGUCUGUGAAAGAUGGUUGUCCCAUCAGUGAUGAUUUCCCCUUACACCCAUGCAGUAUGCAGGACAACCCAAGCUGGAUGAAUGUUCCAAAGCAUUUUGAUGAUAUGAAGACAGAAUUGUACUGUCUGGGCCUUCUGCUAACCUCUUGUCAUGAGGUUAUUGCCUCAUUGUCUGUUUUCCAUACUUGAAUCUUCAACAGUUUUAAAUUAUUUAUGUGUCUGUUUAGUUAAGGAGGUCAUGUGCACACCACCUCAUAUAAAUGUAUUGAUGAGGGAAGUGGGUUAAGGAAGCUGGUAAGUGGCUUUGCCAUUCUCUUUUUUAGCAGUUAUUUCUAAAAUGAACAAUCAGAGCUAUUUAUUAGUCCAUGCUCUAAGUGCCCAGGUACUCCUCAUCUCCCUCUUCUACAGCUAGCCAAGGAUUUGAAUGCUUCCAUCCGACACUUUUGUCAUUCUGGAUUAAAUGCUCAUUUUAACCCCUAACAAGCUUCCUCUUUCUCAGUUUAAUGCCCUCUUUCCAGCUGUGCUUUAAAGAAUCUUUUUCAUGCACAGUGUCUUGUAAUGGUUUUGAGCAAGUCUUGCUACAAAAAUCAUUGCAAGUUUCCAUUGAAAUGAGGCUUGGCUUCUAUGCUCUUUAGCAGCAUUUGGGUACGAUUAGCAGGUACACAAAAGUCAUACUUAUAAAAAUAACUUGUUUUCUUAUUCCAUAUCUUAGGUUCAACCUUAGAGCUCAGAAUGAAAACAUAGACACACUUUCAAGAAAACUUGAUGAUAGCUCUGAGAUAAUACCAAUUACUACCAACUUCCUUUUCCAAAACAGAGGUUGAUUGUUCGCAUGGUUUCUUUUUGCUUUUUUGUUCUUUGAAUCACUCUGAAGUUUCCUUGUUCUUGCCAGAACUAUUUUUUAUUCAUUUCACUUUUUAAUUUCAGUGCAACUAAAGAGGUUUUCUUUUAAUCUUCAGUUCUUUGGGGUAAUAGUGUGUUCAUGCUAAUUUUUUUCCUGAUCUAAAAAUGCAUUUUUUGUUAAGAUUUGAAGAGCCUUUUUCACUGUAAUGUGGAUAUUUUCUGGUGUUUGUUGCUUUGGCAUAUGCUUUGUCAGAUUGUUAGAGCAGAGCUUUGUUUUUGACUAGCCAGUAGUUAAUUAUUGACCAUUUAAACUAACAUAACCCCAGUUUUCCUUUCUUCACGCAGCUUUGCUUUUUGUCCAGGUCAUCUUGUGUCUGUGAAAUACCAAACUGCUGGCAGUAUGUUUUUAUCAUCAGAGACUCUAGAGUAAGUUCAGGUUUGGUGUAAACAUCAACUGGUCUUUUCAGUUCAAAGAAUUGCAGAAUAAGUAAAAUAAGUAGAAUUCCCACUGACUAAGCAUUACCUACUUAAACACAGCAACCUCUAAGACCUAUUUAUGAAAAUAGUUUCCUUGUUUAUGAAGGCAUUGAAGUUGCUGAGAAAGCUAACUGAAUUUUCUAACUUUGAGAUAAUUAAUAUAUAGUAUUGUGGUGUUCUAGUGUAGUUGAUUUUAUAUGUUUUCAAUAUUUUUCACCUCAAGAGCAAAGCUAUACUCAUAAAAGAAUGUAUCUCUAGCCAUCUUGGCAAAAAGUCAGGGUGUGAAAACAAUAUCCAGAUCAAUUUUAGUAUGGUUAUUAAGAAAAUUAGAUUUCCUGAAAUAGCCAUUUAAAAAGAAACAGCCAUGGUAGCAUUGUUCCAUCGUGAGGUUGUUUUUAUAAAAAGGAAUCCCAGAAAAAUUCACAAAAGACAUGUUAAAAACUUUGAAUAUAUCAAAAGGUGAAUUGCUGCUUUAAACAGUUACUUAGGUUGACCAUCUCCUUUUUUCCUCUUUCCAGCUCCUCAAUUUGUCAUAAUUUAUCUGCUCUGAUCUCCCAGACCUUAUUUCUGGCUAACAGUCCCCUUAACAUAUGAAAGUCCUCAGUUUCCACAUCACCCUGGGUGUCUUCCUGAAUCCUGAGGCAAAGUCUUCAUGGGUCUGAUUGUCUCUCCCCUCCUAUCCCAUGAUCCAUGUUCAGACAGCCUAGAAGCUAGAAAUCCCUGGACGGUGUUCUAUAAUAUCUUGUUCAAAAUAUCACCUGGUGGUGGUGGCCACACGUUGUGAAGGCGUCAGAGUAGGUGGCACCUCAGUCUUCACAGUGCCCAGCAGGAUAGGCUUCUCCAGUUGUCCAUCUAUGUGAGAGUGGACAUUUAUUUGCUGAAAGUUUACUGUAAAGCUGUUAAAUUUACACUUACCACUUUCACCCCUGUUUAAUUAGCAAUCUCAAGACCUUUGCUGCACAGAAAGAAUCUUAACGAAUGUUUCACAUUCUUAAAAACCACAUUCAGAAAAUGGCAUUAUGUUAUUACAUUAAGCUAGAAUAUUGAAUUAAACAUGUUAAAAACCAAUUUUAAUGUAACAUUUAAAAGUUUUGAACUUCCUGAAAAUAUCAACUUUUGAAUGAUCUUUAAAGAAACAGCUGUUAGAGCUCCUAAUUGUUUUUGAAGGAGUUACCGAAGAGAAGAAUCUAGACUUACAAAUGUGAACUGUGGUUAAAUCCCAGACCCAGUUAUACAGUGGUACUCUAGACCUUCUAAAACUGGAGUGUUAGGAAAACCCAGAGAUGUUCAUAUAGUUUCAGUAAUCAGAGUUUUAGACCAGACUUUAUUUGGGAUUUGUUCAACAGAGAGAUUUUAUUUUGAUACAAAUAUUAAGCAUAAAGCAUAGUAAGUUUUAUAUAAUUCUAUGAGUUCAUUAAACGAUAUUAUGAAAUUUUCAUUAUGUUCUUGGGGAGUCUUUUUAGCUAUUUCUACCUCAUGUAUGAGGUCUCUUCUGUAUUUUAUUUUGCAUAUUAGCAUGUGAUUGCCUGCCUUAGAAAUAUGUAUAGGAGGGGAAAUCAAUAUUAUCUUUUAAGAAAUUUUUGGUUUUACAAAAUAAUUGUUUUUAUUAAUACGUUAAUGUUUGAGAAAUAAGGGGGAAGGGUGGCAAAUGACAUAGGUUUCAACAGAGUAGUGUCUAUACACAAACCUGUCCUAUUUAAGAUUUUAGAAUUGUGACAGGAUAAAUGAAAAAAAGGAAAAAAAAAAAAAGUGGUUCUCAAACUCUAGCCAGCAUCAGACUUACCUCAAGGUUUAGUUGAAGCACAGGUUGCUGGACCCCACCCCAGAGUUCCUGAUUCUAGCAGGCUGGAACCUGAUCACUGGCGUUUGCAACAAGUUCCCAGCAAUGUUGCCAGUCCAGGGACCACACUUUGAGAAUCACUGGUCUAGAGAAAGUCUGAAGGUCUUUCCAGCCAUGCAUUUAUUUACUCAAUAUAAAAAAAAAAAAACUGAUCUUUUGAGUCAUUUUUAUAAUUCUGAUGCCAUGAGUGGCACAUUCAUGGAGAAAGACUCUGCUUUUGGAUUGGCUGCCACCCCUCUUCUCUUCCCCAGUGGGGUCUAUGCUGCUCUUCCUCAUUAGGGUGAAGGAGCUUUUUCACCUCCGGGGUGAGUUGGU